AUGGCGAUGCCUCGAGUCUUCUUAGCGCGCCACGGCGAGACCGAAUGGUCCAUCUCGGGCCAGCACACGGGACGAUCCGAUAUCUCGCUCACACCGCACGGCGAAGAGGUCAUGCGCCAACUGGCACCCAGCAUCGUCGGCGUGGCCAACGGCAAGCUCAUCGACCCCACCAAGCUCAACCACAUCUUUGUCAGUCCUCGCAAGCGAUCGCAGCGUACCCUCGAGAUCAUGCUCGAGCACAUCCCCGCCUCGCAACGGGCGGGCAUCCCCCCUGUCGAGGUGGUCCAAGACUGCCGCGAGUGGGACUACGGUGCCUACGAAGGAUUGAAGACGGAAGAGAUCCGAGCCAAGCACCCUGGAUGGGACAUCUGGACCGAGGGCACUCCGGAUCACCCAGACAAGCCAGACGAGCUGCCUGGCGAGUCGGCGCAGCACAUGAGCGAUCGAGUCGACUCGGUUAUCGCCAUGAUCCGCUCGCUGCAGUCCGGACACGUCGACAAGCGCAAUCAGGGCCACGAUGUGGGUAACAAGACGUGCGACGUGCUGCUCGUCUGUCACGGCCAUUUCAACCGCGUCUUUGUCGCCAGGUGGUUGGGCUUGCCGCUCACCCAUGGACGUCUGUUCGAGAUGGAUGCUGGCGGGAUGGUGGUCUUGGGCUAUGCGCAUCACAACUUUGCCGAGCCCACUGUGGCGGGCAUCUUUUCCUCCAAGACUGGUCCCAAGGGUGACAAGGAGGGUCAACCGGGAUCGUGCGGUUUGGCCAAGCAUGAGGAAUCGCAGUACCUCGACCUGGUUCAGCGCGUGAUUGCAACCGGAGAAUCCAGGCCCGACCGUACAGGCACAGGCACGUUGGCCCUCUUCGCACCGCAACCCAGCCUGCGAUUCGACCUGACCAACGGCACGCUACCUCUGCUCACCACCAAGCGCGUCUUCUUCCGUGGCGUGCUCGAGGAGCUCCUCUGGUUUGUUGCUGGCAAAACCGACUCGAAACUGCUCACCGACAAGGGUGUGCACAUCUGGGACGGCAAUGGUUCGCGCGAAUUCCUCGACUCGCGCGGACUCUCUCACCGUAGGGAAGGCGACCUGGGCCCCGUCUAUGGUUUCCAAUGGCGUCAUUUUGGUGCAGAGUACAAGGACUGCGAUACCGACUACACCGCUCAAGGCGUCGACCAGCUCGCCCAAGUGAUCGACAAGAUCAAGAACAACCCCACCGACCGCCGCAUCCUGCUCAGCGCAUGGAACCCGAAGGACCUCGAGUUGAUGGCUUUGCCGCCGUGUCACAUGUUUGCGCAGUUCUUCGUCUCUAAUCUCGACGCCUACGCUCGCGGCGAGGGCAAGAAACACCUCUCGUGUCAGAUGUACCAGCGUUCGUGCGACUUGGGGUUGGGCGUUCCGUUCAACAUUGCCAGCUACGCUCUCUUGACUUACAUGAUCGCCAAGGUGACCGACUGCGAACCCAAGGAACUCGUGCUCGCCAUGGGCGAUACGCACGUCUACAAGGACCACGUCGAGCCGUUGAAGGUGCAGCUGGAAAGGGAUCCUCUGCCCUUCCCCAAACUCAAGAUCAAGAGAGAUAUCACCGACAUUGAUGGUUUCAAGUACGAUGACUUUGAGGUCGUCGGCUAUAAGUGUCACUCCAAGAUCGACAUGAAGAUGAGCGUCUAA